CCGCAAAACACUGGUUAUAGCUGGUUUGGCGAAGCCCAAGAAAAACCCGUACAGAGAGAGAAGACAGAAGACAGAAGACAGAAGAAGAGAGAAGGAAGGGGACGCAAUAUAAGCGCUGAAAUCGAGGCCCCAAUCAAUCAAUCACUCACACUCACUCGCUCAUUCUUCUCUCUCUUCUUCGCAGUAGUAGUGCAGGCUUUUUCAUGAUAAGAGGUUGUCCGACUCUGGUGGUGGUGCUGGUGGUGGUGUGGCGAAUUCACGACCUGACGUCACCGGCUGCUUUUGCCGCUCUUGCCGGCCAUUCGCGUGCCCUUGUUUCUCGCUCACUGUCAGAUCUCUCUCUUCCUCUCCUAGUCGUCUAGUCUCUUCUCUCUUUCUCUCUAGGUUGGGAUUUUUUUUGGUUUCUCUCUCUAGGCCUCUAGGGUUGCUUAACUCUCUCUGCCUUGGAGUUUGAGUCGUCGUCCCCCCCCAGCCUUUUUUUCAUUCUCUCACCCUCUCUCACAGUCACAUUUAAUUUAGUUGGAGGAAUAUAAAAAUUUAUUUUCUUUUUUCUUUUCUCUCCGUUUUUAUUAUCCCAACGUCUUAGUGGAGGAGAAAUGCGUCGAAGACGAAGCUCGGGUCUCAGGUGGACGAGUUAAACACAAACAUACAUUAUGAAGAGUUUCGGUUUGAAGCAAUGGACAGUGGUAUUUGCUCAUGGAAAUGAAGGAGAGGCAGCGUUGGAGACCUGAAGAGGAUGCAUUGUUGCGUGCAUAUGUGAAACAAUAUGGACCAAGGGAGUGGAACCUUGUAUCACAGCGCAUGAACACACCCCUAAACAGGGACGCCAAAUCUUGCUUAGAAAGGUGGAAGAAUUAUCUAAAACCAGGCAUCAAGAAAGGAUCUCUUACUGAAGAGGAACAGCGUCUUGUCAUUUGCCUUCAAGAGAAACACGGUAAUAAAUGGAAGAAAAUCGCUGCUGAGGUCCCUGGUCGUACUGCUAAAAGAUUAGGCAAGUGGUGGGAAGUGUUCAAAGAGAAGCAGCAGAGAGAACAGAAGAACAACAAGACAGUUGUUCAGCCUAUUGAGGAGGGCAAGUACGAUAGGAUUCUUGAAACUUUUGCUGAGAAGCUAGUGAAGGAGCGUCCAGCCCCAGCUUAUCUCAUGGCCACUUCCAAAGGGGCCUUUCUUCACAACGAAGUGUCUCCAGCGCCAUCGAUGCUUCCUCCUUGGCUUUCAAAUUCAAAUGUUACCUCACAUGUCAGGCCACCAUCUCCUUCUGUUACCUUAAGUCUGUCCCCUACAGUUGCACCCUCUCGAGCCUCUCCUCCAAUCCCCUGGCUGCAGCCUGAUAGAGGACCUGAAAACAGUAGUUUUGUAUUGAGCAAUCUGCCUCCUCCUGGUUCAGCCCCUUGUGGAGAAAAUUUCGUGAUAUCUGAAUUGGUGGAGUGCUCGAGAGAGUUGGAGGAAGUGCAUCAUGCUUGGGCAGCACAUAAAAAGGAAGCCUCCUGGAGGUUAAGAAGGGUAGAGUUGCAACUGGAAUCGGAGAAGGCUUGUCGGAAGAGGGAGAAAAUGGAUGAGAUUGAGGCGAAGGUGAAGGCUCUAAGGGAAGAGCAGAAGGCUGCUCUGGAGAGGAUCGAAGCAGAAUACAGGGAACAAAUAGCUGGACUACGGAGAGAUGCCGAAUUGAAGGAGCAAAAGUUGGCUGAUCAAUGGUCUGCAAAGCAUAUGCGUCUCACUAAAUUUCUUGAGCAGAUGGGCGGCAGACCCAGGCUUGCUGAGCCUAAUGGCCGGUGAGAAAUGCAUGGUCAUAACUCAUUCUAGAUUGUGUGAGGUCUGAAUUUCUGGUUUAAUUUUCAUCUCAUGUGUAUUCUCUUCUGAAAUGCUCUCAUAGGUUCCUAAUUACGUCUCUACUUUCUGCGUAUUGCCUGGACUCAUGAAUAUAAGGUAGUAUUAACUUACAUUA